AUGGCAAACUCGGCCUCGCCCCUCCGUGCAAACCGGACUCCAAAGUCAGUCGCGUCCUUGACGUCGGGACCGGAACCGGGGUCUGGGCCGUCGAUUUCGGAGACUUGCACCCUGAAGCUGAGGUAUCUUUGCGAUGCUUCUCCCUUGUCGCCCCUGAGCUUGUUUGGUGUGACGAUCCGCGUUUCUAACAUACUAUUCUUAUGUAUCCAGAUUCUGGGCAUCGAUCUUUCUGCUCCUCAGCAGGAAUUCAACAUUGCACCAGGCGGAUACCUCGAGCUUCUCGAGAACCAAGUCGACCCCGUAUCCGAUGACGGUACCCUUCCCAAGGAAUCUUCGAUACACAAGUACAUCAACCUCAUCCGGUCUGGGUCCAAGAAGAUGGGCCGCUUGUUCGUCGACGUGUCUACCCUUGAAAGCCUUCUUGUUAAGGCUGGGUUUGUCGACGUCGAGCUUCGGAUAUUCAAGUGGCCUAUGAAUGGCUGGCCCAAAGAUGAGAAAUACAAGAAACUCGGUCUUUGGUGCCACGAGAACUUCUUCGGCGCCCUCGAAGCCGUGUGUAUGGCCCUGCUCACCCGAGUUCACGGCUGGACCCGCGACGAAGUUGACAUAUUCCUCAUCGAUGUCCGCAGGGAUUUGAAGAAUAGGAGCUACCACGCCUAUUUUCCCAUCUACUCGGUCGUUGGUCGUAAGCCCGAGAAGGGAGAGGCCGCAGCCUCUGAUUAG